AUGCUUUCCAUGAGUAAGAAUAAUACACCCGAGUCGAUCGCUAUGUUGCUUUCAGAUACGGCUGUUACAUAUGUCGACCUUGAAGCAGAAGAUACUAAUAAAGAGGAACCAGUCACUACUACUACCAAUAAUAAUAAGAUGAAUGUUAGUGAUAUGAUUGAGUCUGAGCCUGUUCCUGAAAUAACUUCGCCCACUGAAACCAGUCCAAAGUCAGCAGAGUCAGUCGAUGCUAUCCCUGUGACUGAUGAUACCUCUGAUCCCAUUAGCAACAGCAGCAGCAGUGGUGGCGACGCAAAAUCGGCUCCGAGCACCGCUGCUGACAAUACUGUGACCAUUGAGACUCCUUCCCCAACCUCAGCCCCAACCUCAGCCCCAGUUCCACCUUAUCCGGUGCAGGUGGCAAACUCUCAAUCAGAUGACUCCUCAAAAUUAAUUGAUGACGCAGAUGCUAAUUCCCAAGAUGAUCUGAUUCAAGCAGUGCACCGAGCGCAAUUGGACCAGCUUAAAGCGCGUCAUCAGCAGCGGAUCGCCAAACUUAAGCGUCGUCAGCAUCGUAAGUUAGACCGGUACCGGCGGUCUCACUUGCUUGUCAAAUUAAUUAUUGAUCUUAGUCACGAUGUCACUCGCCUAUAA